UCCUGCGGCGCCGCUCGCCCGCAGCGGUGUCCUGGCGGGGUGUCGAGGUGUGUCGCGGGCGGGGUGUCGCAGGGCGGGUCACGAGGUGACUCGGGGAGGGCUGGGCGCCGAGGGAGGGAGGACGGAGGGCGAGCGGGGCCGCGGCUCCCCGCACCCCUCCCCCGCCGCAGUCGGCAGGCCUCUCCCCGGAGAAGAUGGCGGAUCGGGCGGAGAUGUUUUCUCUUUCCACCUUUCAUUCGCUGUCGCCGCCAGGCUGCAGGCCUCCCCAGGACAUAAGCCUGGAAGAAUUCGAUGAUGAGGACCUGUCUGAGAUCACCGAUGACUGUGGCCUGGGCCUCAGCUAUGACUCGGACCACUGCGAGAAGGACAGUCUCUCCCUGGGACGUUCGGAGCAGCCUCACCCCAUCUGCUCCUUCCAGGAUGACUUCCAGGAGUUUGAGAUGAUCGAUGACAAUGAAGAGGAGGAAGAGGAAGAAGAGGAGGAGGAAGAGGAGGAAGAGGAUGAGGAUGAGGAGGAAGGAGUCAGAGAGGGCAAGGAGGGAGGAGGCCCUGGCUCGGAGGCCCCUGCCCCAGAGGCCCUGAUCCCCUCCCCCUCCCUGGAGGAACCCCACAAGAACCGACCCACCACGCUCCACCUGACGACGCUGGGAGCCCAGGACUCCCUGAACAACAACGGAGGCUUUGCCCCCGCGCCUCCAGCUUCCUGGCAGGAGACCGCGCUGUGCUCGCCUCCCCAGGAGCCCCUGAGAGAGCCCCCCGCCUCCCUGCAGCCCACGGACGCGAGCCCCUGUGGGGCGCAGUCGCCCAUGCACCCAGGCUGCGACUGCGAAGGGAACCGGCAGGCGGAUGCCCCCGCGCCCUGCGGGGCCUCGCCAUCCUCCGACCCGGGCAUCGAGGCCGACCUGGGCAGCCGCUCGAGCGGGGGCCGUGGGGGCCGGCGCAGCAGCCAGGAGCUGUCGUCGCCGGGCUCCGACUCGGAGGAUGCGGUGGGCGCCCGCCUGGGGCGCAUGAUCUCAUCCAUCUCGGAGACGGAGCUGGAGCUGAGCAGCGACGGCGGCAGCAGCAGCAGCGGCCGCUCCUCGCACCUCACCAACUCCAUCGAGGAGGCCUCGUCGCCCGCCUCUGAGCCCGAGCCUGAGCCUGAGCCCCCGCGCCGCCCCGCCUUCCUGCCAGUGGGCCCCGACGACACCAACAGCGAGUAUGAGUCGGGCUCCGAGUCGGAGCCGGACCUCAGCGAGGAUGCAGACUCGCCCUGGCUGCUCAGCAACCUCGUGAGCCGCAUGAUCUCCGAGGGCUCCUCGCCCAUCCGCUGCCCCGGCCAGUGCCUGUCCCCUGCCUCGCGUCCCCCUGGGGAGCCCGUGUCGCCGGCCGGCGGGGCGGGGGGCGCGGGGUGCGUGGGGGGCCCGGGCGUAGAGCUGCUGGACAUGGAGACGCUGUGCGCCCCACCGCCACCCGCGCCUCCCGCCCCGCGGCCCGGCCCUGCGCAGCCUGGGCCCUGCCUCUUCCUCAGCAACCCCACGCGUGACACCAUCACGCCGCUGUGGGCCGCUCCGGGCCGCGGCGCCCGCCCGGGCCGCGCCUGCUCGGCUGCCUGCUCGGAGGAGGAUGAAGAGGACGAGGAGGACGAGGCCGCUGCCCAGGCCAAGGCUGGGCGCCCCGGGGGCAGACCCCGGGGCCCCACGGCGACGCUGGACGCCUCGCUGGUGUACGACGCAGUCAAGUACACGCUGGUGGUGGACGAGCACACGCAGCUGGAGCUGGUGAGCCUGCGGCGCUGCGCGGGCCUGGGGGACGACAGCUCGGAGGACAGCGGCGAGGCCAGCGAGGAGGACACGGCCGCCACCUUGCUGGGCGGCCAGGGCCCCGAGGAUGCCUCCCCAGACAGCCCCGACCUCACCUUCUCCAAGAAGUUCCUCAACGUCUUUGUCAACAGCACAUCUCGUUCCUCCAGCACCGAAUCCUUUGGCCUCUUCUCCUGCUUGGUCAACGGGGAGGAGAAGGAACAAACCCAUCGGGCUGUCUUCAGGUUCAUCCCUCGCCAUCCCGAUGAGCUGGAGCUGGACGUGGACGACCCCGUGCUGGUGGAGGCCGAGGAGGAUGACUUCUGGUUCCGUGGCUUCAACAUGCGCACGGGGGAGCGUGGGGUCUUCCCUGCCUUCUACGCCCAUGCGGUGCCCGGCCCUGCCAAGGACCUGCUGGGGAGCAAGAGGAGUCCCUGCUGGGUGGAGCGCUUUGACGUGCAGUUCCUGGGCUCUGUAGAGGUGCCCUGCCACCAGGGCAAUGGCAUCCUGUGUGCAGCCAUGCAGAAGAUUGCUACUGCCCGGAAGCUGACCGUCCACCUGCGUCCUCCUGCCUCCUGUGACCUUGAGAUUUCCCUUCGGGGGGUCAAGCUGAGUCUAAGUGGAGGACCUGAGGUCCAGCACUGCAGUCACUUCUUCCAGAUGAAGAACAUUUCCUUCUGUGGCUGCCAUCCCCGCAACAGCUGCUAUUUUGGCUUCAUCACCAAACACCCUCUGCUGAGCCGCUUUGCCUGCCACGUCUUUGUCUCCCAGGAGUCCAUGCGGCCCGUGGCCCAGAGUGUGGGCCGCGCCUUCCUAGAGUACUACCAGGAGCACCUGGAAUACGCCUGCCCCACAGAGGACAUCUACCUGGAGUAGCCCCGCCGCUGUCCUGCUGUCCGUGCAGCUGGGCUGGCCGCGUCUCCGGAAGCCGCCACGGCUUUGCAAGAACUGGACUGGGGGCACGUGGGAGCUUAUGUCCAGGGCGUUUCCUCCUUGCUCCCCGGGGCUGCGGGGGAGGGGAGUACUCUCCUCUUUCCCUCUGAUCCGUUCCUCCUCUCUGUGUCACUUUCUUCCGCCCCCCUGACCCAUCUCCUCGUUUCUGUCUGUCCCUCUCUGCGCCUGCUAUCUCUCAUCCUCUGCUCUUUACUUGGGGUCAGAACUGGGAGGAUUGUAGAGGAAGGCGAGACUCUAGGUGACUGGUGGCACCAGGCUCCCAGGUGAUCCCCUCCCACCCCUCCCCUGUGAUUUAUAAAGGAAUUUUAAUUUUUAUAGUGAAUCUCAAGGGAUUAUCCCAUCCUUGACCACAGGGACAAAGAGAAGGACCCCGCUCAAUACUGCCCCACAUGGAGUUCAGGGGGAAGCAGGGAGGGGUUCCCCAGAAGGGUCCUGGGGGAGAUUAGGAGUAGCUCUUGAUGCUUACCCUGAGCCCCAGAUGCUAGGAGGAGGGUGUCUACCCUGGCCCUGGCCACACCAGCGUCCGCUUUGCCGCUGCAAACACUCCCCGCAGUCUAGCACCUCAAUAAACUC